AUGGCUUUUGAGUUCCCAACCUGCCGCCCUCCAAACUGCCCAGCCUCCAACCUGCCCGCCCCCUGGUUCCCCAAUGUUCCCUCUCUCCGUUCCCAGAAAUCCGAUCAGCGGUUGAAAUUGUAUCUGAGCGGAAACUGCGAUCCGACGGCUCACGAUGGCGGGGCAACGACGCUGAUUACCGUAGCUGAGGGGUUUUCCAGGCUUGCGACUCUGAAAUCCGCCAAGUCUUGCCAGGAGGCGGUUAUACAUCCUCACAUUUUUAUCGUGCACCGGUUGAUUAUUGCCGCUGAAAUAGGAAUUGAGCGGCGCAUUGCAAGCUCUGAAUUCCGACUGUCGAAUUCAAAUUCACUCCCCAUGCGCAAGGUCUCGGAAUUUUUCAAAGCGCAUUUCGCUCCUCCCGGAGUCAUGUCAGUCACUUUCGAGGAUCUUCGCAGAACGAAAGCCUCGGAAACUUUGCUUGUCGUUGGCGAGUUUGAGGGCAUCAUCCGCCAGCAAGAGCGUCUCUUGGAAGGAUCCGAACGAAGCAGCAUUACUCCUUACUGGAAUGUAGUAGCCACAGAGCUUCACCAGGUGCUGAAAGCUGCGGAGUCUCACACGAGAGAUUGCUGCUGCAGCGGUGGCAAUUGGUUGAAAUUAGAGAUCACACAAGGCAACUUGAAAGAAACGUUUGCUAGGCUUCUGAGCGAGUUGGAGUGGCACACCAGCAGCAAAGCAGGACCGAUAAUUUCUACGAGAGCCUCUCACAAGCUGUCACGACGAAGAUUGGGAAGUGGCGCUUUUGCUCUUGUACGAGAGACAGAAUGGUUGGGUCAACGAUUUGCGCAGAAAGCCUUCUUCGAUUCCAGUGUGGAUAAAGAUUUCAAGGACGAGAUCGCUGCUGUCAUUGGACUUCACCAUCCCAACAUCGUCCACGUGGAUUGUUGCUCAGAAGCCGGGCCGGAGGACACGGAAUUGGAACAGCACGAUUUGUCGAUCGUCAUGGAACUCAUGUACAAGAGUUUGUACACAUUGCUGCACAGAGACUUGAGGAAACCCCCGUUCUCUAUUGUACAAGCCGCCGACCUUAUACUGCAAAUCGCCGAAGGUGAAAAAUGCAAGCACAAUGAGGGGCCAUUUGACACUGAACUUGGACACCACACGAUGGAUGGCUCCGGAGGCUCCCCAUUCGACUUCGUUGGAUGGAGCACCGCGGAUCGCUUCCACCCAAAGAAACUUGAUGUGUACAGCUUCGCCAUCGUCUGGUACGAAAUUCUCACUGGAGACGAACCAUUCGCAGAUGUGCUCAAGACGGAGGUCCUCGCUCGAGUCAAGGCUGGGCUGCGGGCGAAUCUGCCAGACGGAGUACCUGGACGACUAGCCGUUCUUAUGCAAGAAUGUUGGAACGGGGACCCUUUGCUACGCCCGAACUUCGCUGCAAUCUGCACGGAGCUCAGAUUCAUCAAAGGCCUUCUCUUGCACGGUAUUUUCACUCAUUUGCCUCGCUUCUAG